AUGAGUGAACUGUCGAAAGCAAAGAUCACCAACGGAAGAGCGCCAUCAUUUAACGCUCUCUGCAAAGCAUAUCAAAAGUUCUUUGAGGCAAGAGCUGAAGAACCUGGGAUCAUAACGGAGUUUCAUGCCAAGCAACUUGUAACGACUUAUGACUAUCUUCGAAAGCACAAGGGAGACGGAGACGUGGACAGCAAGGGAUUCGAAAUCAUCGAGUCGAAGGAUUUCAUGGAGCUCACUCUUUACGUUCUUUCGCAAGCGAACUGCCACGGCAAUUCUCAUCAAUACAUCCGUCGGAUAGCAAACAACGCCUACCGUGUAUUAUCUGCCGCAGCUACAGAUGAAUCAAGUGAGAUCAGCAGUGGUGCUUUUCUUGCUUGGAUUCGGAUUAAUGCAUUUUACGGCAACCCCUACCAAGCACGAACAGCACUUGUGAAGGAGUGGCCCAAGGUACAACAAUGGCCGGACGUUGAUGCCCAGGGUUCGCCUUGGCUUUGGAUACUACACGGCAUGGCUUUGGAUCAGAAUGCGACCGAACUUGUACAAGCGGUGCAGGACUGGGACAUGGGUGGUUAUUUCACUCUUACUCCGCAGCAACAUCAAGAUUUGGUGAUUACUCUCCUCGAGCAGGGUCAACUUGCCGCUGCUAAAAUCAUGCAUGACUGUCCUUUACCAGCAGGUGAACCGACUGUUACUGCUACAAGUGCCGUUGCAAGAGCUUACAUUCUCAAUGAUGACAAGCCCGGUGCAGACGAACUUAUUAAUCGACUGUCUGUUCAUUCCCCAAGUGCAGAGACUCGAGAUAUCUUUUUGUUGAUAGCAGCUGCAAAUGGUAAAGAUGCACAAGGCUUGGAUCGGGAGCUCAAUAAUUGGUGUUUAAAGGAUCCUUCUGUUCGCGAAGGGCUGUCCAUCUCUUGUGUCAACGAUUUAAUUCGGUACGCGUACGUAACCGGAAACAAAAGCCUUGCUGUCGAUUAUUCCAGUCUGAUUUCCACAUGGGGCUUGGAGUCGAAUUCAGAAACGCAACUUCUCCUCGAAUUAGAGCCGCGCAUACAAGAUUCAGACAUCGAUGGGACCGUCAAAGCAUUGAACGAACUUGACGAGAGCGAGGCAUCCGCCAAUAUCGCCCUGCGAAUGAGAUACCGCCUUAUCAAGAUGCUAUGCUCAUCUCCGAAUAAUGACGAGGCAUUUGACCAAGUCUCUAAACUUCUAGAUCCACUUCUCCAGGACGGGAUACAGCUAGAGCCAGAAAUCCUCACUGUCUUGAGUCGCGCAUUGGCCUAUCGUCAUGACUGGGAAGCGCUUUCGCAGCUGUUGCGACCUCGUAUAGGGUCCUAUUCAAUGCGCAACGAGCGGCCAUUAAUUCAAAAUGCGCUGGUAGAUUUCAUCCGGGACACGGAACAAGAAAACGAAGAAGUCUGGGAAGCAUAUGACCUUCUUCGAAUCGCCUUCCCCGAAAUCUCCGCCGAACGCAGAGUCGAAAUCAUGGACCUUUUUUUCACACGUGGCAUGGUCGAGGAAGCAUGUCAAGUCUUUGGACACAUGCGACAUGCCCCAACACCAGCCCAACGUCCAACACCCGAAGCAUACAUAACAUGUUUCCUGGGUCUUGCCCGAGCCACAGCCUGGGAUAACACCAAACUAAUCCGCAACAUGCUCAAAGUCGACGUCGACAUCGAAAUCACCACUCGCGUCCGCAACUCCGUCAUGCUCGCCCUCGCAGCAUGCGAACGCUCAGAGGAAGCAAUGGACGAAUUCCGCGAGAUUUUACGUUCGGACGAAGGGCCCUCCCAAAAUACAUUAAUAAUUUUUUUCCGAGCAUGCGAAUCAGCUCCUAAUGGUGUCGCGGAAGCGAAUAAAAUGCUUACCAAGAUUACCGCGUUGGAGAUUCCGUUGGAUCGCGGGUUGUAUCUUGCUUAUAUCAAGGCUCUUGCAGCGCAGGGUGAGCAUGAACUAGCAAUUGAAGCGUUGGAACAGACGGAAAACAAAAUCGGUCAACGGCUUGAUAAAGACAUGAUCGCAAGAAUAUACAACUCCUGCGCCCACGAAUACGCCAAAGAGGGAAUCCAACAAUGGACCGUAGAAACCCAUCCGACAGUCUGGCAAGAAUUGGAAAACCUGCCUCGAACCGAGACGGAAACGGGAUUGCGGCUUCAGGGGUUUGAGGAUGAUUUGGCUGCGAUGUUGUAAUCAACCCUGAUGGGUCCUAGAUAAAUGUAUGUGUAUAGACUGGUUGUAUGAUUGAAUGGGAUAUGAAUCAUUCAGAUGAGAAGAAUAUUCAUGCUUAGAGCCUGGAUUGGAGAUCCGUUACGGAGAUAAUGAUAGGAAAGAUUCCGAAAUGGGCCUGCUGCAUUUCAAGACAUGUAUAAUAUCUAAUUCCGACAGAAAAUAGAAUAGUAGGAUAGGUAAUACAGCUGAUAUCAAAAACAGGCUAGACAUGAAACAAAAGUAGAAACAUUAGUACACACACAACACACACACUCUGGCCAAUUGGUUUAUUACAAGUAAUUGAUUGAUGGUUUAUGCAGACCUUUUCCCCAAAAGCAAUUGUUUCUCCUCAUCCCAUGCGAAAAGGCCAAAAUGACGCUCGUCCUAAUGGUAGGACGACGAUGGAUCCCGAUUAUAAAGAUAAUUGAUGCUAGAGAUGACAAUAAGUCAUGAAAUGAGAUCAUUUCGAAUUCAACAGUUGGGAAGAGAACUUUUUCGACAUG